GACACAGGAAUCCAGAAAGAAAAUCUCAUCAGCAUUUUGUUGCAACAGUUUCUUGCUGAGCUUGUGUGCUCUGAGACUUUAUUUUGUGCCACUUUCCUCAGCCCAUAAUGGCAAGGCUGUUCAAAGUGUGCAUCUGUGUCUUGCAAGAAGGCUGAACUAUUGCAGACCACAAACGGAUAUGAGACAAGGAUGCAUUGAAUCUCACCCCAUUCUCUCUUUUUGUUCCAUUCAACAAUAGAGACAGAGAGAGAGAGAGAGACUGAACGAGGAAGGAAGAGUGAGAAUUAUAAUCAAAAAUCUGCUCCCAUGCACUUGGUGUUGUGGCCACUAAAAGAUGGAUGUGAGAUUUUAUCCCUCAGCCCCAACCACGGUGGGCGCCUUAGCUGCCGAUCCGACCUGCCUGGGUACUGCCUCUUGCCUGGAACAUUAUUACUCCAAUAAGUUUGAUGGGGACAACAUGUACAUGAGUCUGACUGAUGCCAACCAGGACUACCUGCCAGCCAAUCAGACCUUCUCAGGCCAGGGUCUGGGCGAUGAAGACUACGAGAUUCCACCCAUUACUCCUCCCAAUCUCGGAGACCCGUCCUUUCUUCACCUGAUGGAUCCACACGGAGGCUACCAUUCACUCUGCCACUCUGCUCCAGCCAACGGUCUCCUCCCUCAGUACCCCUACCAGGGCAUGGACCUCCCUGCGAUCAUGGUGUCCAACAUGCUGAGCCAGGAUGGUCAUCUGCUCUCAAGCCAGCUACCAAUGCAGAUGCAUGGAGUGGGCCAUCCCGAAGGUCCUCAGUACGAUUCCGAACCCCAGCGCCCAAUGGUCAGUCGGUCAGGAAUGCUGCCGCCCAGUCACAUGCCUGUCAUUAGCCAUUCACAACUGAAUGCUCAGGUCGGCCUGAAUGUGGGUCGAAGCGCUCACCCGCACGGCUCACCUUCACCCCCUGGAAGCAAGUCAGCCACCCCCUCGCCCUCCAGCUCAGCGCACGAAGAGGAGGCUGAUGCCCUCUCCAAGAUCAGCGGGGAGAAGAGGCCAUCAGUGGACAUCGGCAAGAAGACCAAGGCACAGAAGAAGAAGAAGAAGAAGGAUCCCAAUGAGCCUCAGAAGCCGGUGUCCGCCUACGCCCUCUUCUUCCGAGACACGCAAGCUGCCAUCAAAGGACAGAAUCCCAACGCAACCUUCGGGGACGUUUCCAAAAUUGUGGCCUCGAUGUGGGAUGGACUCGGAGAGGAGCAGAAGCAGGCCUACAAGAAGAAGACUGAGGCGGCCAAGAAGGAGUAUCUAAAAGCCCUGGCGGCCUACAGAGCCAGCUUAGUGUCCAAGAGCUACAGCGACCCAGUGGAAUCCAAGGGCGGACAACCAUCCCAGCAGCCACACCUGCUGCCCACCAAGCAGCCCCUGUACAGCCUGAGCCCCCAGACCUCUACAGGCUACAUUGGGCCCAACUCCUUCCUCCCUCCGUCAGAGCUACAAACGUACUCGGGACCGGCCCACCACAGCCUCUCGCGGACCCUCAGCUCCAAGACGGUGAUGUCACAGAUGCCCCUGAGUGGGUCACCACCACCCUCGCUACAGAUAAGCCCCCCACUGCACCAGCAACUGUCCCUCCAGCAGCACCACCAGCAGGCCGCCAUGCUCAACCAACCCAUCAUGCAACAGGUGCCCAGCCAGCCAAUUAUCUCCCACCAGAUGCCACUGCAGGUCCAAUCACAGCUGCACUCCCCUGCGGGGCAACAGGGGUACUCUCACAUGCCAUCGGAAUUCCAGAGCACGGUGGGUGCGCAGUCUCCUGGUUCCAGUGUCUCGAACCCUCCCGUACAAAGCAGCGAUUGGGAUAGUGAAUACUGUAACAGUGAGUGCAUCAUCAGUCACUGCAGCAUGUUACCGAGGGACAAGCCACUCUACCUCACCUGAGCUCACGACCGUCAACUUUACUUGGACUUCACCAAGGGAGUCACCUGUCACGGAUGCCCCACUUGUUGGUAACAUUGAGGAUGUUACAGCCAAGCACUUGAAGUCAAGCAGCCCUCACAAGCCUGGGGCUCUCUCACCUUUUGAAGGAUUCCAACCCCAUACCUUUGCAAAACAAAAGUAUUAAAAUAAAAACUGGGUGACAAUCUAACUCUGUCCUACAGUGGAAACAUUUUCUUUGCCCCAAGGUUAGAUCUCAACUGCUACUAUCGUGAGCUGGUUUUGUGGUUAAUUCCAGAGCCUCGGCCCAGAGCUUGUGCACUUACUAUGUAAUGAUUAUUUCCCCUCUCUGCUGGACAGCACCAGACUGUAGAGACAGGCUGAGUACAUGGUCCACAUUGGAACCGUGACUACUGGAUAUGAUCGAGGCCUUUUCCUAUUCCGACCACUUGAAUAAUGACAGGUUCAGCCGGCAAAGACAUUAAACUUUUCAAUGUGAAGCAGUCCGUGAAGAAAGCGUAUAUUUAGGAUAUUGUUUUCUGUAGUUUUACUAAAUGUUUUAGAAGUGUUGACAAUUCCAGAAGCUUUAUGUGUUGGAGACUUAUUCUGUGAUUUACUUUAUAGAGAAGAGAGUAUUUUUUUUGUAUCUGAUUUUACUGGAUCUCCUUGUUGGGUAACUGUUUAGAGAGGAGGGUGCGUUUGUGUAUAAAAUGCCAAAUGUGUUUGUUUUGUUAAACAUCAGUGACCAGGGUCUUUUAUAAACAUCUUCCAUAGCUUUUAAUAUUCAUUUGCUGCCAAUGCCCAAUUAUUUAAUUGUUUUUGAUUGAUGCUGCCUGGCCUAUUUAAAGAAACAAAUUCAUCUGUAAGCCAUGUUUUUAUUGAGUUGCUGAGCUCUCCAAAAUUGUGCUGCCGUUUCUCUGUUUGGUUUAACACCAGCUGUCAGACCUUGUGUUAAAAUGCUUCCUGUCCUGCAUUUCUUUCUCCCAUCAGUAAAUAAAGAAGUAAUUUUA